GUGUUCACACAGACAGAGCUGCUGUUUCAUCCACAGCGAGUAAAUAGUGAACCUCCAGGAGAGAAACAAACUAAAGUAUCGAUCAUAUACCACUACCAACGUUUGGAUCGAUAUCUGCAUCGAUCUGCACACCCUUGUCUCCUGGAUCGUAGCUGAGAUCAGCGUGAACCACGUGGGUCUCUGCUCCCUGACCUGUUUCCUGUGUUUGGAAAGAGUUCCAGCUUCAUCACGGAGUUUCUCUCGGUUUGUGGGCUCAUCUAAAGGACCAACGUGGAUCGAGAAGUCAGCGCUCUCAGGAGGCCGACAAUUUUGUUGAAGAAAGAAGUGGAAGAAAAAAAUACAACCGUGACGAGUUUGGGAAAGAUUUUACUGUGAAAGCUUCCCUAAAAAUGCAUCAGGUCAUCCACACCGGAGAGAGACCGUUCAGCUGUGGAGACUGUGGAAAGUCUUUUACCACGUCUGGAAGCUUAAAAACACACAAACUCAUCCACAGUGGAGAGAGACUGUUCAGCUGUGACGAGUGUGGAAAGUCUUUUACCCACUCUGGAAACUUAAAAACACACAAACUCAUCCAUAGUGGAGAGAGACCGUUCAGCUGUGGAGACUGUGGAAAGUCUUUUACCACGUCUGGAAACUUAAAAACACACCAACUCAUCCACAGUGGAGAGAGACCGUUCAGCUGUGGAGACUGUGGAGAGUCUUUUACGCAGUCUGGAAACUUAAAAACACACCAACUCAUCCACACUGGAGAGAGACCGUUCAGCUGUGGAGACUGUGGAAAGUCUUUUACCACAUCUGGAAGCUUAAAAACACACAAACUCAUCCACAGUGGAGAGAGACCGUUCAGCUGUGACGAGUGUGGAAAGUCUUUUACCCACUCUGGAAACUUAAAAACACACAAACUCAUCCAUAGUGGAGAGAGACCGUUCAGCUGUGGAGACUGUGGAAAGUCUUUUACCACAUCUGGAAGCUUAAAAACACACAAACUCAUCCACAGUGGAGAGAGACCGUUCAGCUGUGACGAGUGUGGAAAGUCUUUUACCAAGUCUGGAAACUUAAAAACACACAAACUCAUCCACACUGGAGAGAGACCGUUCAGCUGUGAUGAGUGUGGAGAGGCUUUUACCCAGUGUGGAACAUUAAAAAAACACAAACUCAUCCACACUGGAGAGAGACCGUUCAGCUGUGACGAGUGUGGAAAGUCUUUUACCAAGUCUGGAAACUUAAAAACACACAAACUCAUCCACACUGGAGAGAGACCGUUCAGCUGUGAUGAGUGUGGAGAGGCUUUUACCCAGUGUGGAACAUUAAAAACACACCAACUAAUCCACACUGGAGAGAGACCGUUCAGCUGUGACGAGUGUGGAAAGUCUUUUACCACGUCUGGAGGCUUAAAAACACACAAACUCAUCCACAGUGGAGUUAAAGCGUACACCUGUGAUCAGUGUGGCAGAGCUUUUACUCACAGUAACAGCUUACAGAGUCAUCUAGUUACCCACUCUGGAAUUAAGGCGUACAGCUGUGACAUUUGUGGAAAAACUUUCAGCCUGAUAGGGAGCCGAAACAUUCACCUACGCAUUCACACCAGACAUGAUGUGUACAGCUGUGAUCAGUGUGGUAAACAGUUUACUACAAACACAGAGUUACGACGUCACAUGUUUACCCACACUGAGGAACGACCUUAUAAAUGUGACCUGUGUGAGAAGACUUUUAAAUCUCCACGUUACCUGAAAGCACACCAACAGAUCCACACCAGAAAGACUCUACAAGUGCAGUUACUGUGAGGUAUGUAUUUAUAUUUUUAUCUUGUCAGCCCGACUGUUUGAAACAACUCUGCUCAUCAAAU